GUCAUAGGCCGGUCGGUCUGCGCAGCGCCGCAUGAACUCAAACAUACCUACUAGCGACAGUGGCGUUAGUGACAGAUUCGUGAUGGCUGCUGAAGUACAGCAGGUGUUUGACAAAAAUGUCAGCGCGAACGACAAGACGGAGAACACGCUGGAAAACCAAACCGACACGGAGACUCACGAGCUCCACUCUGACGAAGAUUGUAAGUCGUGUGAGAAAGAUGAAGAAACACAGAAGUCCUGGAUUACAGAGAGCAAUUGGGGCUUUACUUUAGAGGAGCUCUUCGGGAUCGCGCUGAAGUUCUUUAAAGAGAUGAAUGGAAAAGCCUUCAACCCAACAUAUGAAGAAAAGCUCCGCUUGGUUGCACUACAUAAACAGAUCACAAUUGGACCUUUUAACCCAAACGCCUGUCCAGAAAUUGGGUUCUUUGAUGUGCUGGGAAAUGACAGAAGGAAAGAAUGGUUACGGCUGGGCAGCAUGGCCAAAGAGGACGCCAUGGAGGACUUCGUGAAGCUUCUGAACUCUUGCUGCAGUCUGUUUGCUCCAUAUGUCACGUCACUCAAGAUAGAGAAGGAGGAUCAAGAGAAAAGACAAAAAGCAGAGGAAGAGCGUCUGAGGCUGGAGAGAGAGGAACAGGAACGACAGCGGUUAGAAGAGGAGGCACGUCGCAGGGAGGAAGAAGAGAGGAGGAAACAGGAAGCGGAGCAGAUGAGGAAAGACGGGAUUGAAAGGUUACAAAUAGAGCACCAAAAACAGCAGAUCAUGGCUGUUUUGAAUGCACAAACGACUGUGCAGUUUCAACAGUAUGCCAAACAGCAAUUCCCAGACAAUCCAGAACAACAGCAGAUACUGAUAAAACAACUACAAGAACAGCACUACCAACAAUACAUGCAGCAAGCUCUCCGCCUGCAACAGAUGGCCUUGCAAAAACAGCAAAAGGACCCAGCUCAAACACUCGAGGCUUCGCCUUCUGAAUCAAAUGAUGCGGCGUCCAACAGCCAAUCAAAUUCAUUAGACACUCAAAAGCAUCAAGCCGACUCAAAAAACUUUCGUUUGGUAGUAGAAGGCAAACCAGGAGAGGUAUCUGUUGUGGCCCCAUCUAUGUGGACGAGACCUCAGAUAAAAGAGUUUAAGGAAAAGGUGUUGUACGAUAAGGAAUCUGUGAUUACGGUGGGCCGAGGAGAGGUGUUGACCGUACGGGUGCCCACUCAUGAGGAGGGCUCACACCUUUUUUGGGAAUUUGCCACCGAUCACUACGACAUUGGUUUUGGGCUGUACUUUGAGUGGAGGGAUUUGACAACACCAGCAAGCAACACAAAUGAAGGGGAAUCUGCUGCUGAAACUACAGAAGGAACAGCACAGGUUGAAGGAGAGAAAGAAAGUGAAGAAUGCAGACUUCCGCUGGUUAAUGAAGUGGUUCCUGUUUCUCGCCGAGACAGCCAUGAUGAAGUGUAUGCGGGCAGUCACCAAUAUCCUGGGCAGGGAGUUUACCUUCUGAAAUUUGACAAUUCCUACUCGCUCUGGAGGCCGAAGGUCGUCUAUUACAGAGUUUAUUACACCAGAUAAGCAUCACUGAGACAAACCACAUUUUAAAAGACCAGGUGUUCAAUUCAGAUACAAGAUGUUGAGCAUUUGAUUGCGAUAACAGUAAUGUUUUUUUUUUGUCUUGUUUACUGAGAGAUUCUUGAAUCCUGCUUUGGCUUCCUAGUCCAAAACUUGAGAGUCAUGAUAUGCACAACAAACAUAAUUUGUUUUUUUAUAUUGUGGAUAAACUAUUUUAUUUUUUUCUAAUUAUAUUUUAAUGAUUGUGUUAAAUCAAUGAAGGAAUGGUGUGUAAAAAUAUUAAUUGAUGUGGUUGAUUUAGGCACUUUAAAGUUUUAUAAAGGAGUGGAUACCAUUAUAUAUGUUUUUGUUGAUUUGUAGGAUUUCUUUACUUUUGUUUGGGGUAUUGAAUGAAUUGAAGCAAUAGAUAAUUUUGACUUUUUAUGUUAAGGUUUCAUAAUUGUACACUAUAAAUGUUUUUGAAUGUUGUUUUAAGGGAUAGUUCACCCAAUAAUGAAAAUUAUGUCAUUUUUUCACUCUCAUGUUGUUACAAAACUGAAUACAUUUCUUUGUUCUGAUGAACACGAUGGAAGAUAUUUUGAGGAAUGUUUGUAAUCAUUCACUGUCAUAGUAUCCUUUUUUCCUACUAGGAAAAGUGAAUGGGGCUCUUGAUUGGUUUGGUUAUAAACAUUCCUCAAAAUAUCUUCUUUCGUGUUAUACAGGUUUGUAACAACAUGAGAGAGAAAAAAUUAUGACACGAUUUUUAUUUUUGGGUGAACUAUCCCUUUAACAGUUUAUUUGUACGUUUAUGUAUGGCUCAAAAUGUGUGUUCAUAAAACAUAAUUUAAGAAAUAACAACUCUAAGUUCAUAACAUCUUUGCGUUCUAAUAAGAUAAGAAUAUUUAGUUUGCUGUCCUUUCUUAUGUGUGUCAAAUACAGAAA